AUGUAUCGAGGGCUAUGGGCUGAACGCAACUUUUGUUCUAAUGACGUGCGGACCGUUGACGUGCAUGAAUGUCACGAGCACGACGACUUCCACCACAACUACCACCACCACGACGACCACGACUACAACUACUACAACUACCACAAAGACUACAACUACGACCACAAUCAAGCUGAGCCCGUCGACAUCAUCGACGAAGGAGCCGAGUUCCUCGACUUCCUCGACCAUGGAGCCGAGCACGUCGACGAGCAGCAGCAGUACGGCAUCGACGACUUUGAGCACGCCGUCGACCAGCACAAAGACGACGACUAUUCCUGCGAAAUCGACGUCGACGAGUUCAACCUCCACGACACCGGAGGUGACGACAACGACCACCCUUUCGAGCACGCUGGACACGACGAGCGCGAAUGGAGUGACCGAGAAGCGGGCUACAGAGAAGAGCAGUACGCCGACGACAACAAUGACGAGUACGAGUUCAUCUAUGACCUCAACGACAACUUCGGCUACGACAACGACCGAAGCACCAUCUUCAACCAAAGGCUACGGACGAACCUGGACAGACUGGCCUCGAUUUCCCACUCGCCCAACUGGAAGUCCUUCAGAUUC